UCCUGGUCUCGGUGUGUGUGUGCGCGCAUCAGUGUGUGUGGGCGUGUCCUGCUCUAGGUGUGUGUGUGUGUGUGUGGGCGUGUCCUGCUCUAGGUGUGUGUGUGUGUGUGUGUGUGUCUAGGUGUGUCUCGGCAUUAUUUCCGUCUCCCUCUCAGCGACUCGAGCCGCCAUGGACGUGUUCUUCUUCUUCAAGACGUUUCUUCUUCUUCUUCUCUCGUUUCUGGGCCGCGGCUCCGGGGAGCUGCGCGAGCUGGACGCGGUGCAGGGCCACACCGUGACGCUGCGGCACCAGUUCUCCGUGCCGGACUACCUCGUCAUCUUGUGGAACUUCAACGACGGCAACGAGGCGGGCAACGCGGCCACCGGGAGCGCGGAGGGCGUGAAGGUGAACCCGCGCUUCACCGGGCGCCUCGUGCUCAACGCGACCACCGGCUUCGUGACGCUCGGGCCGCUGACGGCGGCGGACAGCGGCGACUACACCGUGUCCAUCGUGUCGUCCCGGGGCACGCAGACCGAGGAGAUGGUGCUGCGCGUGCUGCAGCCGGUGUCUGACGUGUCCGUGUCCUCCAGCCUCCUGGAGGCCGUGGAGCAGAACAGCACCGUGGUUCUGACCUGCUCCGCUAAGGGUUCCUUCCUGGAGUUCACGUGGUUCCGCGGUGCGGUGGCCAUCGUGCCGGACAACAAGCGCGUCACCGUGAAGAAGGAGGGCGGGGCCAGUGUUCUGACCUUCACCGGCGUCCUGCGGGCCGACCUGGCGGCGCCCAUCAGCUGCCAGGCCGCCAACAAGCUGGAGGAGGAGAAGAGCGCCGGCUUGAACAUCACCGUGCACUACGGACCGGACCAAGUCACCAUCGCCCCCCCCAAGCCGGCCAUGUUCAUCAGCUCCGCAGCCAACUUCAGCCUGACGUGUGCGUCGGGCUCCAGCCCGGCCGCCACCUACACCUGGUACCGCGACCAGCAGCUGAUGAAGGCCACGGGCCCGACCUUGAGCCUGGAGGUCAUCAAGGGUCACAAGUUUCAGAGUCAAGUGGGAGCGUUCAUGUGCAAGGCCAAGAACGCCAAGACCAACCGCGAGGUCGCCUCGGUGCCCGUCUCCUUCGCCGUGAUGGACCCCCUCGUGGGGCCGAAGGUCACCGGCCCGUCCACCGUCCUCAUCGCCGGCGUCAGCGCGGCCAACCUGAGCUGCGCGGCGGCGAGCGGCAGCGUGAAGACCGUCUCGUGGCUGAAGGACGGCGCGCCCCUGGUGGCCGGCGGCGGCGUGGCGUUCUUCGCCAACAUGACCACGGUGGCCAUCAACCCGGUGCAGAAGGGCGACCUCGGGGCGUACGCGUGCCGGCUCAGCAACCCCGUCAACACCGUGGAGGCCUCCUUCAAGAUGGUGGUCAACUACGGUCCCGAGCCGGCCGUGGUUUCGGGCGAGGACGCCGUGGAGGUGCACGACAACGUGACGAUGGUCUGCGCCGCCGCCUCCGUGCCGCCCGCCACCUUCACCUGGAAGUUCAACGGCACGCUGACCGCCGUGAAGACGGCGCAGUACCUCAUCAAGAUGGCGCGCUACAAGAACACCGGCACGUACACGUGCGAGGCGCACAACGCCGUCACGGGCAGGAACAGCUCGCACACCCACGUCCUGUCCGUCAAGGAGGAGGGAGCGUUGGACGAAGGCCUCUCAGACGGAGCCAUCGCUGGAAUCGUCAUCGGCGUGCUGGUCGCUCUCGCCGCCGCCAUCGGCCUCAUCAUGUACUGCAGGCAGAAAGUCCCGGUGGAGUCUCCGUACUAAAGAAGCUGCUGACCAGCUGGAGAUGCUGGCCCCCCAUUUUUUCAUCUGUGCAGCCGGGAGGAGCGCCCAGUUGGAUGUGAAGCCCCGCCCCCUUCACCCCCCACCCCCCCCUGGACAAAACCAGAUUUCCCAACACCCCUCUGGACUCUAUCAGUUUGGAUUAUCAGCUUCAGUUCAUUUUUUUUUACUCCUUUGAGCUUUUUUUUUCAUCUCCACCACCAGGAUGAACCGUCCACCAUCACGGGAUCUCCUCCUCCUCCUCCUCCUCCUCCUCCUGCAGAAUACCAGAAACACAGAAACUGUGCGACAGCUGACGGACUGACGGCCACGAUGAGAGACUCUCUUUAUCCUCCUGGAAACCCGAGGAGGAAACACACACACACACAGACACACACACACACACACACACACACACACACACACACGGAGGCCACACACGAAGACUUUGAGGAUUUGAGGUUUUAUUUUGAAAGUUUAGAUCUCUCUCCCCCUCCGUGCCAAGGGGGCGGAGCUUCCCCGCACUUCAAGCGAAGGAUUUCAAAGUAAAGUUCCGAUGCUUCUCUGAACUCGAGGACACACACACACUCGUGUGUUUUUACUACACAACUUUACGAGUAUCUCUCUCCUUAGGGGAGCUCUAGGAGUGUUGUGCACACACACACACACACACACACGUCCUCUCAUUUUAAACUAAUCUGUUGUGCGUUUGACACUUUGUCAACUCUAAAAUAUCAACACUGGCUUAUGAAGAGACUCCGCCCUCAUCCUGUUAGAGGAGAACAUGUUCCAGACAAGACCCGGCACGCGGAGACCAGUCGGUGUGUGUGUGUGUGUGUGUGUGGGCGGUGCUACGGAUUUAUUAUAUAUUUUUUGUGUUUUUGAAUCUAAAACAUAGUUUUUGCAGGUAAAUAAUUAAACAAUGAAAAUGUUUCUCCUCGAGUAUUCUGACCUCUGACCUCAGACUCCAACGUGCACUGAUCUCCAGUCAGAAAAGUAUUUAUUUUGUUUAGAUAAAAAGAAAAAGGAAAGCUGCACGACCGGCGCUGAAGGUCAGAAUCUCUCACGCUUUUAUUUUGUAGAGUUUUCAGCCUGAAACUCGUUGAAAAGGCUAAAAAAAAAAAGUUGUUUAUUCCGCCGUUUUUUGUUCUUUUGGGGAUAAAAAGCGCCGCAGAAUGUUUCAGGAUCCACGUUCGACACAAACUGCCCCGGUGUAAAUAAUAGAGGUAGAUACACUGUAAACAAUCUGUUUGUGACACAUUUGUUGUUGUUGUUGAAAAUAUCCGUGGGGAUUUUUUUCUUUUUCUUGUCAUGAUUUAUUUGUUUAAAAAAAAAAGAAUUGUUGUUUUUGCUCAUGUUUACAGAACACGUCUGGCCUUUUGUAAUCCUGUAAACAUCUUCACGUGAAGGUGGAACUCAUAAACGUUGAGGAACAA